AUGCUUGAUGAAAACAACGAGUUGGUCAGAACAUUUAGGCGCAUUCGACAAGAUCUCCAGCUUUCUUCCACACCAAAUCUCCGACUCAGAAUCUUUGGGAUCAAAAGUAGGAAUCGACAAUAUGACUUGCCAACUAGCUCUGAUAUUGCAGCCUUAAUACCUGGUGAUUUUGUUGCAGAUAGGGAGGAUAGAGAUAUCAUUGUUGACCAUCGAGGAGAAGGGCUGAAACGUAUAACAAGCCUCAACCCAAAAUUCGAGGCUCUUCACUUCCCAUUGCUAUUCCCGUACGGAGAAGAUGGGUUUCAUCCUCAAAUAUCUUAUAAUGCCUCCUUUUGUCCAGCAUCAAUGCGCAGAAAAUUUGUUACUCAAAAAGAGUAUUAUGCUUUUAGACUUCAGUAUCGAUUGAAUGAGGGGCAUACACUGGUUCAAAGUGGCAAGGCAUUGCAACAUUACUGUGUUGAUGCAUUUUCAACAAUUGAACUCAAUCGCCUGGCAUUUCUUAGAACUCAUCAAAAAGAUUUAAGAGCAGAAGUUUAUCAGGGGUUGCAGGAUGCAUUUGCAAAGGGAGACAUGGAUGGAGAAAAACUUGUAAGAAUUAUAAUGCCAUCAUCUUAUACAGGAGGACCAAGAUAUAUGCAGCAACUAUAUCAUGAUGCCAUGGCAACCUGUCAACAUUAUGGUAACCCAGAUUUAUUUGUUACAUUUACCUGCAAUGCUCUUUGGGAAGAAAUUGUUGAUGCUUUUGCAGAUAUGGUUGGACCAAACAGCGAGUUGAAGCCUAUGGUAGUCUGCCGUGUGUUUCACAUGAAGCUUGCCAUAUUAAUUGACGAGUUUAAAAGAGAAUCAUAUUUCGGGAAAACGAUAGCCAUAAUCUACACAGUUGAGUUUCAGAAGAGGGGCCUCCCACAUGUCCAUAUGCUUAUAUGGUUAGCCAAAGAGGAUAAGCUAAAGUCAACAUCUGACAUUGAUGAGAUGAUUUCUGCAGAGAUACCAGACCCCAAUCUAGAUCCAGAAGGGUAUGCUGCAGUGGUUAAGUUCAUGAUUCAUGGACCUUGUGGUGUUAACAACCCCACUUCACCAUGUAUGAAAGAUGGUAAAUGUUCGAAGUAUUUUCCAAAAGAAUUCUGUUCAGAAACUUCGUUCGACAAGUUUGGCAAUGUCGUUUACAGAAGAAGAAAUUCCGGCAUUCAGGUUCAAAAAGGAAAGGAAAUGCUGGAUAAUUGA